UUAGUAUUACUGUUAGAAAAAUGAAAAAGAAAAGAUGAGAAAAAGAGUAAGAAUAUCUAUGUAAAUCUAUAACAUGAAUACGUAAAAUUUUAUAUACAUCUGGUUAUAAUUUUACAUCGCAGGUCCGUAUGUUUCCCUUAAUAAUGGCUCUGACAGGAAAGCUUUGUCGUGACUGGAAUUAUUGUCCUUUGUCGAUUUUUCUUUUUUCCAAGCUUUCUCCAUCAAUCGCGGAAAUGAUAACAUUAUGAAAUCGGUCUCCGAGAUUUUUUUUCAUCGGGAAACUGUCUCUGAUAUUUUUUUUCAUUGGGAAACUGUCUCCGAGAUUAAGAUUAUAAAACUUCAGCCCGGGAUUAGAGGCCCAACUCCACUGUCUCGAGUUGAGCGUUGUUCAUCCAAAGUUUUACGGACAAAAGUUAUGAUUGUUUCUGGUCGGGUAAAGAACAAAAAACAAUGGCAGAGGUUGUCGUUGCUUUAGUUGUCCAAAGAAUCGCCGACUUGCUUACUCAAGAAUUAACUUUUCUGAGAGAUGUGAAGGAAGAUGUUGAGAGUCUGCAAGGAGUACUGAGACGGAUCCAGUCUUUCUUGAAGGAUGCAGACUGCAAGCAAUAUCAAGAUGAGCGUGUUCGGAACUGGGUUGCUGAAAUCAGAGGCGUAGCUUAUGAUGCUGAGGAUGUAAUAGAAUCCUAUAUUCUUAAGAUUGCAACACGUAGAGUAGAAGGAGCACGUGGAAUCACCAAGAAGGUUAGCUCUAUUUUCAUAAAAGUUCCUCGUCUCCGUGUGAUCAAGAGCCGGAUCGAAUCCAUCCGAAACAAGAUUGAGGCAAUUUCUGCUAGUAUGCAGACUUUUGACAUCAAACUUGAUGCUGAAAGAGCGGUUCCAGGUUCUGCAAGUGAGAUGCAACAACGACUGAGAAGAUCCUAUCCACAUGAUGAGGACGACGUGAUCAGCUUUCACGCAAUCAGGAGGGAUAUUAACGCUCAGUUGAUGAUGGCAGCAGAGCGACGCCAGGUUGUUUCCAUAGUAGGAAUGGGGGGACUUGGUAAAACAACUCUUGCCAAGAACAUAUACAAUGACAUUAAUGUGAAGCAACACUUUGAUUGUUGUGCUUGGGUCUUCAUAUCUCAACAAUACACUCCAAGAGAUCUGUUAGUAAGAAUCUGGAUUGAUGUUGCGUCUACUACAGAUAAGUCAAAGUUGGAAGCAAUAACGGAGGAAAAGCUUUUUGCAUCUACUAAUAUAGAGUCCAUGAAAGAGGAACAAUCGCUGAAAUCCAUGUUGGAAAGGAUGGAAGAGGAGGAUUUGGUUAAAAAGCUCUAUAAAGUGUUAGAGCAAAAGCGAUACUUGGUGGUGCUCGAUGAUAUUUGGAAUACUGAAGCAUGGGAUUGUUUAAAACGAGCUUUCCCAAAUGGGAAGAAAGGAAGCAAAAUUUUGUUCACAACCCGUAACAAAAGCCUUGCUUCUUAUGCUGAUCCGUCGAUAACUCCAAUGGAACCGCCAUUUUUGACAAAUAAUGAAGCAUGGGAGCUUCUCAGGAGAAAAGCAUUUCCCGUCGAGCAGAGUUGCCCACGAGAUCUUGAGAUUUUGGGGAGGGAAAUGGUGAAAAAAUGUGGAGGAUUGCCCUUAGCUGUUGGUGUACUUGGUGGGAUAUUGGCAACAAAAAAAUCUUUGAAUGAGUGGAAGACAGUUCAGAAAAACGUUAAUGCACACUUUGCUAUGUUGGAACGAAAAAAUCAAUAUGGAGGAGUGUAUGGGAUAUUAGCUAUGAGCUACCAUGAUUUGCCUUAUCACUUGAAGCCAUGCUUCCUCUAUCUUUCCCAAUUUCCAGAGGAUUGGGAGUUUCACAAGAGGACACUAAUUCGAAUGUGGAUUGCUGAAGGCUUUAUAGCACAAUCGCAGGAUUCAGCAAACCAAACAAUGGAAGAUGUGGCUGAAAUAUAUUUGGAAGAGCUUGUAAGCAGGUGCAUGGUUCAAGAAACUGAAAGGGACCACACUGGAAUUCAUGUCAAAAUUUGCCGCAUCCAUAGUCUGAUGCGAGAUACCUGUAUAUCAAAGGCAGGAGAUGAGCAUUUCGCUGGAGGCAUUGAACACCGAGACGAGUUUGCAACAAACACUAAAUCUCGCUUUUUGAAGUCCGCAACGAGCCAGCCACGAAGAAUUGCUGUUCAUCCUCGUAUCGAUGGAGACAAUGCUGGUAAGAGAUUCUAUGUGCCGUUGGUAAAAUGUGGUGAUCCACAUCUUCGUUCCCUUCAUUACUUUGUUGAUCAAGACAAAUAUCGUAUGACUAGGGGGCAAGAAAUUUACAUUCUCAGCCAUUUUCGACUGCUUAGAAUCUUAAAUCUUGAGAAUAUAUAUCUGAGCAAAUAUCAUGUACCUGGAGAUAUUGGCAAUUUGAUUCACUUAAGAUAUCUUGGAUUGAGAAAUACUGGAUUAUGGGUAACAACGAAGUAUCUGUUUGUGGUCUCCACUUCUUUACCACCAUCCAUAGGUAACUUGAAGAGUUUGUACACCCUUGACGUACGAAAAAAUUCUUUGGAAACCUUACCUGAUGUGCUGUGGAAAUUAGAAAAUUUGAGACAUUUGUUAGUAGAGCCUGAAGUUGAUGGGCAAUUGCGGCUGGAUACAUUAACACACUUGGAGACUUUGAAGUGGGUACGAGCUAAGAAUCUAAUUGCAAACAAUGCAUUGUGCAAAUUGACUAAUGUUCGAAAUUUAGGAAUAUAUUUCAAAGAAACACAGGAAGUGGAUGUUGUCCUAAAAUCUCGCAUUUUUGAACAAGGCCGUCUUAGUAGCUUGAAGAUGUCGAUCUCAGAAGAGGGUUCAUUUCCAAAUUUGGAAUCACUUUCACGUUGUGAUCAUCUUACGAAACUAGAGUUACAAGGAAAAAUACUAGAAGAUCCCGAAGAAUCACUCCGUCACAAUCUGAAAUUCCUGCCAGAAAGCCUCACCAAGUUAACUUUGUCUCAUUCUCUGUUAAAGCAAGAUCCAAUGUGUAUUCUGGGAAAUAAGUUGCAUAAUUUGAGGUUUCUGUUCCUGCAUACAUUAUCUUACGAGGGUUCUGAACUUGUGUGCUCUGCGAAUGGAUUUCCGAGACUUGAGAUUCUUACAAUUGAAGAGUUAGAAUUAGAAGAAUGGCAAAUAGAGGAAGGUGCAAUGCCCUGUCUCAGGACUUUAAAAAUAAAGGCUCUAGAUAAACUGAGGAUGAUUCCAGAAGGUUUCAAGUUCCUCGUUAGCCUCCAAGAAUUGAAAAUCAUCGACAUGGCAGCAUUUGCAAAGAGGGUUCAAGUGAUUGAUGGAGUAGAAGGAGAGGAUUUUGACAAGGUGCAGCACAUAGGCAUCCAUGUCAUUUGACUAUUCAUGGGGAUGCAAGUCAUAGGUUGAUGAAUUGGAAACGGACUCGGAAGACUCGAUGGAGGAGUGACCAUGUUGCUGAAAGUGCCAAAGUUACCGUCUUCACAUCACAAGCUUUGUUCUUGUGUUGCAUAAUUGAUCACAUCCAUCUGAUCCUACUCCAAUACUGUCACUGUAAAAUUUUCUUUUCACGUUGUAAUGCAAAUUCCUGACAGAUUUUUACUUGUUAUCAGAGUGGUGAUUUUAAAUUUUUGAUGAUAAUAGAGAGAUGAACAAUGAAUCUCAUGCAACGGAUGGAUAUAGGUUAAAUAGAGACACAGCUGAACAGUGAUGGACCUUUCUAAAAAUGUUAAUAUGGAAGUGUGUGUAUGCGUAUAUAUUGAACUUCUUGUAAUAUUUUAUUCAUGAAAUAAAAUAGCAUUUUUCCUUUCUUCUCAA